ACAGCUUGAAUGAAGCAAAUGCAGCUGAAAACGAUGCUUUGUGCGUCUCUGCGAUGUGCUUUGUUCUCACCCCUCUUUCCACCACGUAGAGUCGGGGUAAAUGCCUUCUCAUCUUCCUUCGUCCCGCAGUACCAGGCAUGGUCUGGCCUCCAGAGUUGGAGAGAAAGCUCACUUAACGAGAGCCGGCUCUGGGGAUCCAAGGGUCCAGAACAACCACCAACACUUCCCUUGUCAUCAAUCCAAGCUGACGACGAUUCGAUGGCAGCUGCCUCUUCUCUUGCUGAGCUCGGAACUAUAGUUCUCUCCACCAGCGACCCUCUCACCAAGUCCAGGCUCUCCCAUCUCGCCUACUCGAGGUGGCGUUCCGAGGGUCUCCCGCUUGGAGUCUCUAAACCACCUGAUCGACCAGCUCGCCCGCCCAAACCUCAACUGGUGUCGCCAAAGGAGAUUCCAGCUCCCAAGAAUUCGGGUUUGCCCCUUAAUGCUUAUAUGCUCCACAAUCUCGCCCAUGUGGAGCUUAAUGCUAUUGAUUUGGCGUGGGAUACGGUUGUCCGGUUUUCUCCAUUCAGUGAAGUACUUGGAGAAGGUUUUUUUGCUGAUUUUGCACAUGUUGCUGAUGAUGAGAGUCGACAUUUUGCUUGGUGUUCCCAGAGAUUAGCUGAACUUGGCUUCAGUUAUGGAGAUAUGCCUGCCCAUAAUUUGCUUUGGAGAGAGUGUGAGAAAUCCUCUGGGGACGUCACUGCCCGUUUAGCAGUGAUUCCUUUAGUUCAGGAGGCCAGAGGGCUUGAUGCUGGACCACGUCUAGUGCAGAAAUUGGUUGGCUUUGGAGAUCUUAGGACUUCAAAUAUUGUGGCUAGAAUUGCUGAAGAAGAGGUUGCACAUGUUGCAGUUGGUGUGUUCUGGUUCGUCUGUGUGUGCAAGAAAAUGGGACGCAUACCUUGCUCAACUUUUAAAGACUUGUUGAGUGAGUACAAUGUGGAGUUGAGAGGCCCCUUUAACUAUUCAGCUCGAGAUGAAGCUGGUAUACCGCGACACUGGUAUGAUGGAUCAUCUACAGAUAAUCUUGGUAACAAUGAACAGCUUGCAGAGGUAAAUAACCCUAGAAAGUCUGUGACAGGCUGGCUUGCGUCAUCUCUAUGGAGAAGGAAAACUCAAAUUUGAGUAAUUAGCUGCCUUAAGCCUUUGGCUACAUGUUACUGCAAGAAUAGAGUAUGCCUCCUUCAAUGCAGUUAUCAAAAGUGAAUUU